AGCAGGAACUGAGGGUCGUGGGAUUUCGAAAGCGGUUGAGGGUGAACUGCGGUGAAGCUGUCAAGUGCUGUCAUGUGCGUGGGUUUUAAUGACAGGUGAUGAAGAAACAUGGAUCGGGCUGUCAGGGCUCAGUUACUGCUUCUCUUAGUGCAGUUACCGGCUUCAUUUCACUGCAAAGAUGCGUCCAGAGGAGAUGAUGGAGGAUGGGGACUGGGUUCCAGUAUAGAAGAUGAAGGCGAGUGCAACAUUGAGAUCAGAGACGUGAACUCAAUCACACACAGAGAGUUUAUUAAAGAGUAUGCUUAUGCAAAACCAGUUAUACUCCGAGGACUUACAGAUAACACAAAGUUCCGUUUCCUGUGUUCCAAAUCCAAUCUGUUGAGAGAGUACGGAGGGAAAACGGUCCGUCUCAGCACAGCCAAUACACACUCGUACAGGAAAGUGGAUGUGCAGUUUGAAGAGUUUGUAAAGUUCCUGUUGACCCCUCAGCCUAAUGACACACUGGGCAGUGAUACGCUGUACUUCUUUGGGGACAAUAACUUCACGGAGUGGCAUUCUCUGUUCGAGGAGUAUAAAGCGCCACCUUUUUCUCUUCCACUCAUGCAUCCUGCAUAUAGCUUUGGGAUUGCUGGACCAGGUACUGGCGUCCCGUUUCACUGGCACGGUCCCGGCUACUCUGAAGUUAUCUAUGGCAGGAAGCGUUGGUUUCUUCACCCCCCUGAUGAGGUACCUGAGUUCCAUCCCAACCACACCACUCUCUCCUGGGUCUCUCUGUCCUACCCAAACCUGGAGCUCCACCAGAGGCCCCUGGAGUGCACCAUACGACCCGGAGAGGUGCUGUAUUUUCCAGAUCGUUGGUGGCAUGCAACUCUAAAUCUGGACACCAGCGUCUUCAUUUCAACUUUUCUGGGAUGAAGACCAAUGUUCCCUUUAAUUUUUUUUCUUGCCGAGCAAAACUUUUCUCUAUUGGGCGGACAUUUCGGCCACCUGAGCAAAAACAUUCUUUAUACCAGACCUGUACAGCGAUAAUAAAUAACACUGAUAAUAAAUCAAAAUAUUAGAAUGAUUUCUGAAGGAUUAUGUGACACUGAAGAGUGGAGUAAUGAUGCUGAAAAUUCAGCUUUGCUUUACAGGAGUACACUAUAUUUUAAAAUAUAUUAAAAUAGAAAACCAAUAUUAGAAAUUGCAAUAGUCUAAGAGUUCACAAUAUUCCUUUUUUUUUCUGUAUUUUGAUUAAAUACAUACAGCCUUGAUGAGCAUAAGUGACUCUAUUAAAAAAUAUAUAUAAUAUAAUAUCAAAACAAUCUGAAGCAUUUAAACUGAGAUGUGUAAGUUGUAAGAUGUGUAAAAAAAAAAAAACGUGAACGUGAAUUCUUCUAUAGCUAUCUAAACAUCCCUAUGAAUUACAGUUUGCACAAUACUGUGUGUAAUGUCUCAGAGUUUUGUUACCGUUCUGUGUCCAUCCUCCGCUAUUUCCAGCACUUAAUCAAGCCACUCUUCUUUAAUACAUGAGGAUGUUUUAUUUCACAUAUCAUUGCGUUGGCUCUCGAUUUGAGCUACUUCGUCCGCAACCAUUGAACCAUUGGCGCACAUCGUUCUCUUUCUAUGAAACCUGUAAACCGCAUUCACCGGUUCUAACUCUAUAGUGGUUUACCCGAGCAUUGCAAUUUUUUGUUUUUACUAGAAUACAAUCAAAUGGCUUUCCAACUAAUUUUUGCAUGUGCAUGGCACAUUAUUUCUCUGCGUGGCCGCGGUGGAAGAAGUGUGUGGCCGCGCGCGCGCAGCUUAGAGGAAACAUUGAUGAAGACUGAUGUGGUGAACACACACCAAGUGCAUUUGACUUGAAGGACCAAACAAGGAUUCGUUGUUCAGAGGACCAAAUCAGAGGAGUUUGACUCAGUUUGAGCAAAACAGAAAGUCAAGCCAUUCGUCCA